UGUGCUUGACACUAGAGAGAGAGAGAGGGAUCGGACUCGGAAGAGAGGAAGGGCAGAGAAAAAUGAGUUUGAGAGACGAUAAUGAGGAAGCAAAGGAUCUCCGGAAACCAUUCUUGCACACAGGGAGUUGGUAUCGAAUGGGUUCGAGGCAGUCAAGCAUGUUCGGUUCUUCCGCUCAGAUCCUCCAAGACAACUCCGUCUCCGUUGUGCUCUGCGUUCUCAUCGUAGCCUUAGGUUCUAUUCAGUUCGGCUUCACCUGCGGUUAUUCUUCCCCUACGCAACAGGGUAUCAUCAAAGAUCUUGGACUUUCAAUCUCCGAGUUUUCGGUAUUUGGAUCACUAUCCAAUGUAGGCGGCAUGGUUGGAGCAAUAGCGAGCGGUCAAAUUGCAGAGCACAUAGGAAGAAAAGGGUCGUUAAUGAUUGCUUCUAUCCCUAAUAUCAUUGGAUGGCUCGCCGUAUCUUUUGCCCACGAUUCUUCGUUUCUGUACAUGGGAAGGUUAAUGGUCGGAUUUGGGGUGGGAGUAAUCUCUUACACUGUGCCUGUAUAUAUAGCAGAGAUAGCACCUCAGAACAUGCGAGGAACCCUUGGAUCAGUGAACCAGCUAGCACUUACAAGUGGAAUAAUGUUGGUUUAUCUUUUGGGACUUUUUGUUAACUGGAGAGUACUUGCAGUUUUAGGAAUCUUGCCCUGCACGAUUCUGAUACCUGGUCUGUUUUUCAUCCCUGAAUCUCCCCGGUGGCUGGCAAAAAUGGGUAAAAUGGAUGAUUUUCAAGCUUCUUUGCAAGUUAUAAGGGGAUUUGACAUGGACAUCUCCACUGAAGUGAAUGAAAUCAAGAGGUCUGUGGCAUCAUCAAGCAAAAGAGCUACUGCGAUUCGUUUUUCCGAACUGAGACGAAGAAGAUACUGGUUUCCUUUGAUGCUGGGAAUUGGAUUACUUGUGCUGCAGCAGACUUGUGGAAUCAAUGGUGUGCUAUUUUAUUCCACCACCAUUUUUGAAGCUGCUGGUAUUUCCUCAAGUAAUGUUGCAACAUGUGGACUUGGUGCUAUGAUGGUUAUUACUAUUGGAUUCACAACAUGGUUGGUUGACAAAGCUGGUCGUCGGCUUCUUCUUUUAAUCUCCUCAUCUGGAAUGACUGCCAGUCUUCUCCUUGUUUCAGUAUCCUUUUACUCAAAGAACGUUUUCUCUGAAGAUUCUCAUUUUUAUAGUUUGAUGGGCAUAUUGUCGGUGGUGGGGAUUGUGACCUUCGUGGUUACCUACUCUUUAGGACUUGGACCUCUCCCAUGGAUUAUAAUGUCAGAGAUAAUGCCAGUGAAUAUCAAGAGUCUUGGUGGAAGCACGGCGACAUUGUCCAACUGGUUAACAUCUUGGUUGGUUACAAUGACUGCGAACUUGCUUAUGAAUUGGAGCAGAGGAGGUACAUUCACUCUCUAUACAGUUAUGAGUGCUUUAACUGUAGUGUUUGUGGCACUUUGGGUCCCUGAGACAAAGGGGAGAACUCUUGAGGAAAUUCAAUGGUCCUUCAGAUGAUUUUUUUGUUAGAAGGUCUGGUUUCUCAAUAGCUGCUUUGUAAUGGACUUGCACAUUGUGAAAAAGCGAAUUGGUAAUCUAGUGUGGCAUCAAGCAAACUCUUGU